CCAGGCGUGCGGCUGCCCUCGUGCGAGGGCACCGGGACUCCGCCGCCGGGUGGGCGAUUGUUGCGUCGCUGUCCCGUUGGGUGCCGUCGCCGCAGCCCUCGUCGGCAGCGUGAGAUCGGCAGCUGCUUUUCGAUCGGCAGCAGAUCGGCCGUCGUCGGCCCCAUCUCUUCGAUUCUGGGCAUGGCGCCCGGUGAAGCUAGAGCCCGCGGCGCGUCUCUAUUUGAUGCGUGCAAGGAAGGGAGAACCGACGUCGUGCAGGCGUGGCUGAACAAAGGCGCGGAGGUCGACUGGGCAAAUACGUGGGGUGAAACGCCGCUGUUCAUCGCCUGCCAGAACGACCACCGCGAAGCGGCGCGGUUGUUGCUGGAGCAAGGCGCGGAGGUCGACCAGGCGGACGUGGACGGUCGGACGCCGUUGUUCGCCGCCUGCGCGAAGGGCCAAGUCGACUUGGCGCGGCUGUUGCUGGGCAACGGCGCAGAGGUCGAUGGGCCAGUAUCAGAGGGACUGUACGAAGGCCAGACGCCGCUGUACGUUGCCUGCGGGAACGGCCACGUCGACGUGGCGCGGCUGCUGCUGGACAAGGGUGCCAAGGGCAAUCGGGCGACGAGGAAUGGAAACACGCCACUGUCCAUCGCGAAGAAAAACGACCACUCGGCCGUCGUCGCGCUCCUCCGAGUCCGCCGCUGCGUCGCGUCCGCCGAUAUGGCCUCCAUGUCUCUAUUCGAUGCGUGCAAGGAAGGGAGAAGCGACAUCGUGCAAGCGUGGCUAGACCGCGGAGCCGACGCCAAUUCGCCGACGAACGCUCAAGGUAGAACGGCGCUGCACAUCGCCUGCGAGAACGGCCACGUCGACGCGGCGCGGCUGCUGCUGGACAGCGGCGCUGAGGUCGACCGGGCAGCAUCAGGGUUGAGUUUUAACGGCGCGACGCCGCUGCUCAUCGCCUGCCACAACGGCCUCGUCGAUGCGGCGCGUCUGUUGCUAGACAAAGGCGCGGCGGUCAACAGGGCGAUGAACAAUGGAGCGACGCCGCUGUUUGCCGCCUGCGUGAAUGGCCACGUCGACGCGGCGCGGCUGCUGCUGGAGAAAGGCGCGGCGGUCGACCGGGCGACGGAGGACGGCGCGACGCCGCUGUACGCCGCCUGCUUUAACGGCCACGUCGACGCGGCGCGGCUGCUGCUGGACAAAGGUGCGGAGGUCGACCGGGCGACGGAGGACGGCGCGACGCCGCUGUACAUCGCCUGCCAGAACGGCCACAUCGACGUGGCGCGGCUGCUGAUGGACAAAGGCGCGGAGGUCGACCGGAGGAAGGAGAACGGUCGGACGCCGCUGUACAUCGCCUGCCAGGAGGGCCACGUCGACGCGGCGCGACUAUUGUUAGAUAGAGGCGCGAAGGCCGAUCGGGCGACGAAGGGCGGAUCGACGCCGCUGUCCAUCGCAAAAAGCAAAGGCCACUCGGCCAUCGUCAAGCUGCUCGACCCCCGCCUAAGUCCUGUGCCCGAGGGCUGCGCCGACGACGCGGCCGACCAAGCGCCGGCCGGGGCGCCGGAGGAAAAGAAUGACCUUCCGCAACGAGAACCGCCGGCCCUGCCGCCGCGAUUGCCGGCCCUGCCGCCGCGACCGCAGUCGCUGCGGGCCGCUGCCUCGUCCGACCUCGAGGAGUUCGACGUCGCUCGCCUUCGCAGCUGCACGCUCAACUUUGCCGACUCGCGCAAGCUCGGCGAGGGAGCCUUCGGCGAGGUCUUCGCAUUCGUCGACUCGGCGACGUCCGAACGAUUCGCGGUCAAGCGCCUAAGCCCGGCGCUGCGGGAGCCGAGCGCGGACCCGGCGGCGCUGGCCGGGGCACAGCGCGCGGCACAUCGCGAAGUUCGGGCGUUGUCGCGAUUCCGACAUCCACACAUCGUGCGUCUCGUGGGCUUUUGCGCGCCCGAUAGGAGCAGCGAGCGGUACCUCGUGUACGAGCUCGCCGCUGUUGGAGCGCUCGACGUCGCGCUGAGCGACGACGCACGCGCGGAGGAGCUGACCUGGCGUGUUCGCGUCCGCCUGCUCUCUGGCGUCGCCAAGGCGCUCCAUUUUAUGCACCGUGGAGGCGGUGGAGAUAGGUGCUUUCACCGCGACGUCAAGGCUGCCAACGUCGUACUGACGGCUGCGCUCGAGCCAAAACUCAUCGACUGCGGCCUCGCGCUGUUCAUCCCGAAGGAUGAUCCACGUCGCAUGAAGACGAUGCUCACCGCAACUGGCGGCGCACUCGGCACGACUGGAUACAUGUGUCCCAAGUACGUGAAUAGCGGCCAAUACGGAGAAAAGUCGGAGGUCUACUCGUUUGGCGUUCUGCUCCUCGAGGUCAUCAUGGGCAAGAUCCAAAAUAGGCCUGACGAUCUGGCCAAUUACGUCGACGAAGAUGAAGACGAGUUCAACCUGGCGGAGGCCUUCGACGAGCGAGCGGGUGAGUGGCCGGCCGCAGCCAAAGAGGAGCUCUCGUCGUUGGGUACUAGCUGUCUAGAUAAGGUCAGGCGACGCUGCGACAUGAGUUCCGUGCUUCAAAGGCUCGUGGGGCUCGCCCGCGAACACUGCGCGCCGACGGCCGAGGAGGCGAUGCUCGCCGACGUGCGCCGCCAGUUCGAGGCGCUAAGGAUGACCGGCGUAGUGGCGGCAGCCGCGAGAGCCUCGCAGCAGCAGCAGUGUGUGGUAUGUUUUGACGACUUUGAUGCAGCGGGUGGCGGCUCGUGCGGCGGCGACCAUUCUAUCUGCGCCGACUGCCUAUCGGGGCACGUCGCUCGCGAACUCGAGGUAGUAAGCGAGGAUAACGACCGGCUCGCCGCCCAUCGCCAACGCGGCGGGCGCAUUCGGUGUGCAAGUUACGGUGGACCUGGUGGCUGCGGCUCGGACUAUUCCGACCGGACGCUUGCAAGGUGCCUCGCGCCGGCAGUAUUUGAGGCGUACCGCGCGGCACAGGACAGGACCGUCGAAGACCGCAUCUUUGCGGAGGCGCAGGAGCGAAUUACGCGUGCUGUGAGGGAGACGGAGGAUCGAAUUUUUGCGGAACGCCUCCAGGCGGAGGAAAACCAGUUCGCAGAAGAGGAGGAGGCCGCGCGUGCUCGACGCCAGGCUGAGCGCGAUCGUCAGGCGCUGGUGGAGGCGCUCCGGCGCGACUUUCCCAACGCGCGCCAGUGCGGUGGUUGCGGUUUCGGACCCAUCGACCACAUGGCAUGCAAUAAUCUUCGGACGCACCACGGCGAGCAGCGC